AUGGGAAUCAAAUUCUCCGCUCCGUUAUUUAAUCAAGUACCUGUGAUUUGGUCUGUAUUCCUGUCAUGGAUGAGACCUCCAUAUUUAUAUCUUAUUGUUAAUGGCAUCAUCAUCACCAUUGCUGCCUCCUCACGCUUUCACCAGGCUGCAUCCUCACCGUCCAUUCCAUCUGAGCGGUUAUAUUCAAUCAAAAUACCUCCGUCGUCGGAUUUUGCCUCCUUUCCAGGUCAGCCAGAGAUUAGCGCUGCUGAUGAAUCCUCACUUCUGGAGUAUGAGAGUGAGAAUAGUGCUGUGGAGGUGAAGGCGGUGCUGGUAAAUGGUGCAAAGGUCGAUAUCGAUCCAACAGGAGAAGAAAUUGACGCUGAUGCAGAAAUUGGCUGUGAAGAUAAGUUCGUUAUCUCCAGUUCUAUGUACAUUCCGCCGCAUGCGAUUAUUUCUCCAGAUGUUCAAUCGGAGUUUCUACUCCCGGUAAGGGAGAAACCUUUGGUUCCUUCGCCAUUUCGUCACCGGAAUUCUAAAGAUACAAGGCUACGGCGAGUGGCAAGGUCAAAAAGGCACGAGACAUUAGAAAGUACGUGGAAUAUGAUAACAAAAGGACAUCAAAUACCACUCUCAAAGAAGUCAGAUACGCCGCAACACCAUGAACAUCAUGUGACCACAAGUCGACCAGAUCAUGUACCAAAAUCGAAGACCUUCAAGAAUCGUAUGAACCACGAGUCCCUAUUAGAAUCUUCAUUGAGUCUGUCUUUGAGAACUGAGAGAUUUCAAGAGAGCCAUCGCCAAGUGAAGAUGAGUUGA